UUUUUUUUAUUUACCAGAGUUAAAAUGAAAUCUACAAAUAAAAAAAUUAAAAAGAAAGCAUAUAAUGAAAGAAAAAGUAAAAAAGAGAAAUUUGGCAAGCAGAAAAUCUCAAAAAAAAUACGAACUAAACGACGGAAAGCUAAUAACAAAAGCUAUCAUAGUCUUCACAGAAAAGGAAGAAAUACCAACCUCAGCGAAGACAAAGAAUGCAAGUUUAAUAGUUACAAAGAAAUUGAGGAAUUCUUAGUUAACCUAUCUCGACUAAAUUCGACUAAUCUUCAAAUAAUAGUAAUUGGAGAAUCCCAAGAAGGAAAACCAAUUUAUUUAGUUUCAAUAGCCAAUACCGAAGAGAUUACAGAAGCUAUAUUCAUUGAAGCAGGAUCAAAUGGGGAAGAUUGUGUUGCUGUACAGUGCGCCCUUUAUAUAAUAAAAUAUUUGGUGGAAAGCGCAGGUACUUGCAAUUAUUUAAAAACUAUGAGAUAUUAUAUCGUGCCUUGUUCAAAUCCUGAUGCUUUCGAAAUAAAUAAACUUGGACAAAAGCCAUGCUUUAAUUUAUCGACCAAUUUUCCAUUACGACUAGGAAAUCUCAACAUUGAUAACAUUGACCUUCAGAGGUUUUUGGAGGCUGCUAGGAGCUGGAAGGAAAAUUAUCAGUUUAAAUCUCCUGAACAGAUGGCUCUGUUGAAAGCUCUAGCCACUUUUCAGUAUUCCAUUAAAAUAUUCAUAUCUUUGCAAGAAGAAGGUUUUAAAAUUACGUACCCGUAUGGAACAUGUAAAGAGCCUCUUCCUGAUGUUGAAGAUAUUCGAAGAAUCGCUCUUCUUACAAGAGCAGCUAACACUUUGUGCUUUCAAGUCGGUUCAAUUUACCAACUACUUGGACUAAAAUUUGGAACUAUUAUAGAUUUUAUAAGCAUGUUUUUUAACUCUAUAAAAUUUUGCUACAUCUUUCAUAUAAAUAGCAAAAAAUGCUCUUGUAAUAUACAAGAAAUUUCCGAACGGGCAAAGGAACUCUUACAAUGUUUAGCAUUGAUGGGACAAGAAGUUAUUGAAUUAUGUAAAAAGCAAUCUUCGGAUGAUAACGUUGUUGAGUUUAUAUAAUAAAACUUUCUACGUAUUUCUACAAAAUAUAUAGAAAGGUCUUGUUGCCCAAUACAAUUAUUUACAAUUUUUUAUUUAUAACUAAUAAUAAUAAAU